AGAAAUGUCGAUUCGUUCAUGCAAAAUGCAGGCCGCCGACGGACCUCGGCUCGUUUAAAAAGUGUCCGGCUCCAGCACCCGAUCCGCAGUACGUACCGGUGGUGGGCCUUGCGAGGUGAUGGCCAGAGGCGGCCGGCGUUCGUGGCCGCUCCUCUUUUGAACGGCGAUCGCGCGACAAAACUCGACCGCGAAUUUGACCCCGAACCCGCUUUCCGAUAAACGCGUAUGACAUGACUUACGAAGACCCGUUCUUUGUGGUCAAAGAUGAAGUGUGCAAAGCGUUGAACAAGACGAGGGGCCUGUAUCGGCGGUGGCUCGAAUUACAAGAUGAGACCGACGCUAUUUCCAAGGACGAACUUGAAUGGACCACCACUGAGUUGCGCAACUCUUUGAGGAGCAUCGAGUGGGACUUGGAGGAUCUCGAAGACACAAUUGGAAUCGUAGAGAAAAAUCAGUCCAAAUUCAAGAUCGACAACCGAGAGCUCACGUCCAGGCGGAGUUUCAUUGAGCAAACCAGGGAAGAAGUGAAGUUGAUGAAAGAUAAAAUGAACAUUUCUCGAGGACGAGACAGAGACAGGACUGCCAGACAGCCUUUGUUGGAGAGCAGUCCGCCCAGGGCACCCACCUCACACGGCACUACAAAGUAUUCCAAGCUGGAGAACGAAAUGGACAGUCCAAACCACACUUUUAUGGACUCAGCCAUUCAGCAGCAACAACACAUGAUCCACUCGCAGGAUGAGCAGCUGGACGCGAUCUCGGACUCGAUAGGGACACUGAAGACGGUCUCGAGGCAGAUCGGAUCUGAGCUGGACGAACAGGCUGUGAUGCUUGAUGAGUUCGGGCAUGAGAUGGAAAAUACCGAGUCAAGGAUCGACUCCACAGUCAAGAAAAUGGCCAAAGUAUUCCGUAUUUCAAAUGAUCGACGGCAGUGGUAUGCAAUUCUGGUUCUGUCCGUGAUAAUCUUCUUAAUUAUCAUCCUAUUUAUUAUCCUCUGAUUGCCCUUGGACUGUACCUUUCUUAUAGCUCUUGUUAGUGUGUCAGUGGUUUUCGAAUUCCAGAUUCCGGAAUCAAGUCCGGCUUUUUGUGCCACAAAAAGAUAUUUUUAAACUAAUCAGUCUCCAAAUUAAAAGCCAUAACUAAUAGCGAUGAAGCAUAACCAUAAAUGUUAAUUCUUAAGAGUUAUGAAAUGUUCCAUUUUCAGUAUUUACUAAAUUAAAAUAAAACUUAUAUAAAAGCUACUCUAAUUGAGCUUUCCAGCUAGCUGCUUUGAUUUGUGAUGUUCUUUGUAAUUGAAUUAAUCAAUAGACUUGUUGUGAGCAUGCUGAGUGCAGCUGAAUGAUUUAUUUAUUUUUAUCACAUAUUAUAAAUUUGUGUUUCUGUAAAUUUUUGUAAAAUAUCAACGUGAAGAAAGACAAAGUUUUGUUUGAU